GCUGUUCGGACCAACAUGGCGGAAGAAGGUGUUCACGUUCUUGCAGACCAGGCAGAAAUCGGGGCGGCACUGGGCGCCCUGGUCGCCGCCAAGGCCCAGGAGGCGAUCGGCGACAGGGGGGUCUUCACCAUCGCCGUUUCGGGGGGCAGCACGACCAAGAUCUUCUGCCAUGAGAUGGCGAAACGCGCCGACGUGGGGUGGGACAAGUGGCGGGUGUUCAUGGCUGACGAGAGACUGGUGCCCCUUGACCAAGAGGACUGCAAUUACAAAGGUUACAAGGACGCACUUGUUGGGACCGUCCCAUUGGCUGCGGAGCACAUCUAUCCCAUCAACCCCAGCCUGAGUGUGGAGGCAGCAGCCGAGGAUUACACACAGAAACUCAAACAGGUGUUCAGUGAAGACACCCCAGUGUUUGAUGUGGUGCUGUUGGGAAUGGGUCCUGACGGGCACACCGCCUCCCUGUUCCCUGGGCACAAACUGCUGCAGGAGAAAACCCUCCUGGUGGCGCCCAUCAGUGACUCCCCCAAGCCCCCGCCCAACCGCGUGACCCUGACCUUCAAGGUGUUGAACCGUGCCCACUGCGCCAUAUUCGUCUGCACUGGGGAGGGCAAGGCAGCCAAUGUUAAGAAUGUACUUGAGGGCAAUGAGGAGAACCCCCUGCCGGCAGCACUGGUCCAGCCUCUGGACGGGGAGCUCCACUGGUACCUGGACACCGCGGCUGCCAGCCAGCUGUCCGCGCAAUGACUGACGGCCAAACUCUGACCGGCUAGGUAUCCGCACGAUACCUGCCGGCAAAACUCUGACCAAAUCUGAUCAAGUCCAGAUCCCAAGUAGUAACACUAGUUCACCUUUAUCCGUGGGGUAACCUAAAUCCGUUGUUUUUAAAAACAGAUCUCGAGUAUCUAA